UACCGCGUCAGAAGUUUUGGUUUUGGAAGAAUACUAACGUAGCGAGGCGUAAAAAGACGCCUGAGCAGAGUACUCACAACUGUUUUUUUCAGGGGAAACUGCUGUAGCCCUGAGAACCGGAAACAUCCGUUUUCACCACCCCGGCGGAGAGUGGAACACUAACGCUACUGCCUGAACUUUUUUUUUUAGCCCUCCCCCAAUCUGUAUGUAUCACUAAUGUCUCUGUUCGAUUUGUUGCUUUAUUGCAAUGGAAUGGUAGGACCCAUUGGCUAGUAGUGAUGGAGACCGAGUUCUAAAACAGCGCAGGUAGAAAAGUGACUCAUUUCCACUCCGCUCGGUCGGUUACCGCGAGUAUAAUAACGUUAAAAGAUAUCUAGAAUGGAGACUGUUGAGCAACUCGUGUCGUUUAACCAUAUCCCAGUCCAGUUAAACGGAGGCACGCCUUGGGGGUUCACGCUGAAAGGAGGUCUUGAGCACGGAGAACCGCUCAUCAUCACUAAAAUCGAGGAAGGUGGUAAGGCAGAACAAUGUAAGAAGCUGAGAGUGGGUGAUGAACUGGUGAAUAUAAACGGAUCAGCCCUCUACGGUUCAAGACAGGAAGCUCUUAUACUCAUCAAGGGAUCCUACCGGAUACUAAAGAUCACCGUAUGCAGAUGCAGUGUACCUGUGAUCAGGCCUCACUCGUGGUACCUGGCCAAGCUUUCAUCAACGGAGUCCCCCCACAGUUCUACCCCUGUCCCCCCUCCUCCUCCCCCGUCCCCCCCAUCUGCCAUGCAGCUCCAUCCUGGGCCCUACACACUACCCUGGCACUCUACAGCAGACAACAGUGAUCUGUCUAUCCAGUGGAACAAGCUCUCCAGACACUACUCUACAGACAGAAGCAGUUCCCUAAGUAGCAUGGACAGCCUUGACCCUCCUAGCAGCCAAGUGUACUACGAUUCCCAUAAUUCCCCAGUGGACCCGGCCAUCUUCAACAAUAAGAGAGACAAUGAUUACCACAAUUCACCAGUGGACCCUGCUAUAUUCAACAAUAUAAGAGACUCUGCCUAUAGCUCUUUCUCAGCUAGUUCUAAUAUGUCAGACUAUACUGUCUCAUUAAGGCCCGGUGAGGCCUGUUCUAUGGAGAAUAUCCUCCGAAGCCUUGGGCCAGGGGGACCCGCCUGCCGGGUUUAUGCCUGUGGCAAUGCACCAUCCCUGGGGAGGGAGUCGGGCGAGGCUCAGGAUGAGACCGGUACCUCAACCCUACUACUAAAGUCGAGGUCGCUUACCAGGCCAAGAGUGAGGCAUCCGGAAGCGAAGGAGAGACCAUCUUCGUACUGUUUUGAAGAGGAGCGGAGAGAAGGGAGAGGGGAGAGGGGUGGAGGCGGAGGGAAGAGGGGUGCUUCAAUUCCCCCCCUUCCCCCAACCAGGAAGGACAGUUUUAGGGCCACGAGGGGUCGCUUGGGGAUUACAGAUGUCAAAGAUCAACGAUGCAUCUCUGCCCCCGUCGGAAUUCCCAGCCUCUUCAGUUGCCAUGUCGAGGACGAUGGCGACGAUCCUCAGAAUGUUCCUGGUGUUCCGGUUAUUCCCAGCUGGAACGGCUAUCCCGCUCCCUGCAAGGCUUCAAAGGCAGAGGGAGACAUGGGAAAUGGGAAAAAGAAUGGGGUUGGGAAUUUUAAAGGAGAUUCUUUGGAGCAAUACUACACCCUCAUCUCCAAAAAAAAAGAGUCCCUUGUGAAUAAGAACUCAGAGAUCCAGGAGAUCCACCCAGACUCCCUCCACCUCCCUGCCCUAGAGAUAAGCUCCUCUUCCUCCAUCCCCGGCUCCAGUUCCCUACCUCCAGACAGCUCCAUAGAUCCAGACCCCCCAGGUGAAGCCAACCACCUCCUCCCCCAGAACAAGCACUGCUCAUCUGGUCUCUACAGACAAAGCGUCCCUGAGAAACUCUUAUCGCAGCUACGUCAUCUAGAGUUUUCCAGUGACUCUUCGGACCAUAGCUCCGUCUCCCCCUCCAGCUCCCAGUGGUCUCGCUCCCCCCUUAACCCCCCCAGGGAGGACCUAGGAGGGGAUAUAGGGAGUCACGACACCUCCCUCCUCCUCCUCCAGCAGAACACGGGGGAGUGGGAACAAAGGAGUCAAUGCUCUACCCCAGGAUUGGUGGACAUUGAUGGGAUUGGGGAGGCAGGAGAGGUGAGUGUGGUGGUUUGGGAGAGUAGGGAGGUGGUGGCGGCUGCUGGUAAUCGCCUCUCGCCCAUCCAGGUCCAACACCCCUGGGGUAGGCCUCUGGUGAGUGUUCCAGGGUCAUGGGAGCCCUCUGGAGAUUGUACACAGGGAGAGGUGAGCUCUGAGCGGAUUUGGGAGACCGACUUUGGGCCUCUCAGUGCUGCAGCCAGUGUAGACAGCCUACUGGAGGGAAGUCAUAGAGGAGGAGCAGGAAGAAGGGAUGAUAAUGAAGGAAAGGUGCUGAUGAAGAAACCUAGGAGUCACCGUUCGUCCCGGGCACGCCGUCGUAGCGAACGCUUCGCCACGAACCUCCGUAACGAGAUCCAGCACAAGAAGGCCCAGCUGUCCAAUAGUAAAGGCCCAGGAGGGUUGCUCUACAGCGGGGAGACAGUUGAGGAAGAAGAAGGUCCAGACCUGAAAAUCCAGGACCUCGUGAGGAAAGAGGCUGAGGACGUUGAUCCGCCUGCCAAGGAGAGCAGCUCCCAAGGCGUGUACACCUGUUCCGACAUCAGCCUCUCAGCUCCAGCUCCUGGAGGUCUGAACAGACUAUCCUCUUCUUCCACCCUCCAGCUCCACCAGCCGUCCCUAGCCCCAGUUUCAGCUCUACAACCCCCCAGGGAUGAAGAACCUGAACCACCAGGGAAGCAAGACCAAGCUACAGACUCUUCCAGGCCACCCCAGAGGUCCGUCCCAACCUUGCCCAGCUGGGGUAUGGGUAUCCAGGUCGUGGAGGAGCUAGCUCCAGCUGGUAAGUCCCGCCGAUGGAGAUGGACACCCGAACAUAAACUCCAACCAGAAAUUGACACUGACCGAAGGGGGGAGAGGGUCGGAGUGGCCUUGGGGGUGUCAGGACGAGGGAGGGCAUCCUCUGCCUCCUCUUCUUCUUCUACCACUUGUUCUUCCCACACUGAGGAGUCUGAUAUUUUACCUUUCGCGGACCGCUGUAAGUUCUUUGAGGAGACAAGCAGGAGUAUAUUGGUGUCAAAUUUGCCAGGUCUGACGAGACGAAUGCAGAGGCCAGAUAGACAUGAGAGGCAGCCUCAUCUGUCAAUGCUGGAGAACCAAAGAGGGGGCUAUGGACAGGGACAAGCCCAGAGGAGGUACUCUUACCAGGGUGGAUUCGAGCGAGAAAGUCCCCUUUUGAUUAAUACCAUGGAGGCCCGGAGACAAUCGGUUAGUGGGAAUAGGGAGAGAGAAAAGGAGAGGGAGAGAGAGAAGCAGAGGGAAAAAGAGAGGGAGAUGGAAAGGGAGGUAAGAGCAAGAGAGAGGGAAAGGGAAAGGGAGGAAAGAGCAAGAGAAGAGAGACAAAGAGAGGAAAGGGCUAGACUGAGAGAGCUGGAGAUGGAGAGCGAAAGGGGGAUAGAGAGGGAACAAGAUAGUGAGAUGGAGAAAGAGAGACAAAGUGAGAGAGAGAGGAAAAGAGAGAGGGAGAGAAAGUCACUCUGUUUAGCUCAGGAUCUUUUUGCCAGUCAAUCCCAACCCCGUGCCUACCCCCAGACCCACUCCCAUCCCCAAACCCAGAUGGAGGCCCCUCGUUCAGCCUUCCACCCGGUCAACACCGCUCUCCUCCAGGAUAACCAGGCUCUUCACCAGGGGUAUCCACCACAGAGCUACACACCAACAGAGGCGUAUCCUGCUGCGUCUCGACCGUUACCGUGGGAACAGACACAGAUCAACAGGAAGUUCAGCCUGACCGAGAGGGACUACCCCCGGUACAGACGUGAUUCAUCCACCGGGCCACCAAAUUGUGCUAUAACAGUAACACCUGACUACCACCACCACCAGCAAGUUUCCCAAAGUGGGGGUUGUUGGAAUGGCUUGCUGUCUGCCUGUAGUGUGGACGAGGAGGACCAUCACCAGACGUCUAUGGUGGUUAACCCCACAUCAUAUUCAUCUUCAUCACUACUACGAAGCAGGGUUAUGUCCGAGAACGAUCUACACUUUGGCUCCACCCACCGCCGUACCUCACCCUCGGUUGCUAUGGUGACACCACUGUCUGAGCUGGAGGAGGGAGGCGGGAUCGAAGGGGGAAGAGUGGGAGUGGGGGGAAUUAGGGGAGCGGCUAACAAAAAUAAGACUCUACCCCCUCCGAGGCCACCUCCCCCCAAAUGGGAGCAGUUCCACCGCAGGAGAGCCUCCCACCACACCCUCUUCUCCUCUCCUCUCCUCUCCACCUCUGUUUCUUCAUCCAUCCAUCCAUUGGUAAACCCCACCCCUCCUCCUCUCCCUCUCAUACCACCAGAGGGUCCCACCUCUCACUCUUCAUCUCACCCAUGUCACCCUGAAAAGAGUGAAAUGACGCGUCAGCGCUCCUACAGCCUCCCGCCCCAGAUGGAGGAGCUAGAGGGGUGCCAGCGCUGCAUCAGAAGCCAAGUCCAGGAAUUGCGCUUUUCCCAGUCUCCGCCUAGUCCAGGGUUCACACACACGGCCUUCCGGCCGGUGGCCCCGCCCCAAAGAGAUAAAGACACUCCCCCUCGCUACAACGACACACUGCCGCCAUCAGAAAGCUGUGUCAGGUUGUACAACAUGGUUGACCAAGAUUCUCCUGCUGUAUUGAAGCCUAUCUCUCAUAGACAGCAGAGGGCCAGGGCUGAGUGGGAGAGAACUCCGUCUCCCAGAGUGCAUAGCUUCUCAGGUCAACUCACCAUAGAGAAUGGCGUUAUCUCACCAGAGUCCUACUUCGCUAUGAGCUAUGAACAACAACAACAGUUACAGCAGAAUAGAAGAUUGCGGAAUCACCCCCACAACAACAACGACAAGCCGGAAUUGGAACAAGAACUAUUGGAACUGAAACCGGAGUCCGAUUUUGGCCCGAGCCCCGCCCAGAGCUUGGAACAGGAAGUGGACAUCCCCAUGGAAACGGACAUCGACGACUCCCAGGAGGAGGGGCUUCCAGAGGAUGAAGAGCCAAUCAGGACAGAGCUACAAGGUUUCGCCCUGCCGGUCACGGUGCUGGAGACAGACAUCGACACGCUCCCUGAUCAGGAGGCCUCGCCAGCGGGUAGGAUGACAGUGGAGAAUGGGUCUCUGGAUGGAGAAAUGGAGGACCAGGGGAUGAGGACCAGAGAGGAACUCAUGGAGGAGCUGUUUCCCCAGAGCAUUGAGGGCGAGGCAGGCACAGAGAGCUGGAGAGGGGCCUACCGUAGCCCCAACCUGGAGCACAAUACAGACAGCCUGGAUAGGCGUUCUGGUGCCAGCUCCAGUUGUUCGUCCUACUACUCUACCUCAGCAGCCAAAGCUCAGCUCCUCACUCAGAUGAAAGACUACUGCUCAGACACUAGAGACACUGAUGAUGAUGAUGAGGACCUGUCUUACAAGAGACAGUUGAUGGAGAGUCUACGUAAGAAGCUAGGAAUUCUGAGAGAGGCACAGAGAGGUCUACAGGAGGAUAUACGGGCUAACGCACAGCUGGGAGAAGAGGUUGAAAGCCUGGUGCUAGCGUUCUGUAAGCCCAAUGAGGUGGAUAAGUUCAGGAUGUUUAUCGGGGAUAUGGAUAAGGUGGUCAGUCUGCUUCUGUCUCUCUCCGGACGGCUACUUAGGGUUGAGAGCUCACUGGACAACCUGGAGGCCGAGACUGGACACUAUGAGAGGCUCCCCCUCCUGGAGAAGAAGCGUCAGCUCCUGGUGCAGCUGUCAGAGGCCCAGGACCUCAAAGAACAUGUAGACCGACGGGAGCAGGUUGUGGGAAGGGUGCUAAGACGAUGCCUCUCCCAAGAACAGCACCGUGACUACAGUCAUUACGUCAAGAUGAAGGCAGCAUUGCUGGUAGAACAGAGGCAGCUGGAGGACAAGAUCAGGCUGGGAGAAGAGCAGCUAAGAGGGCUACGGGAGAGCCUAGGGAUGGGAUUAGGGAUGUCCAUGGGAUAUGGGCACUACUAAACCCCAACCAAGAGACCUGAAAGCUGGGCAGAUGGAUGGGGUAUCGACACUAUUGAGAGAAAGUGAACAAGGACAGUUAGAGCAGUUAAGAACCUUAAGGGAAAGUCUGUGUUGGGGAUGUCCAUGUUGAUGGGGUAUGGACACUAUUGAGAGAACUAACACUAACUUAAAGGUGAAUUUUGCUUCUUUUUUAAAAAACAACUCUCUAUUCCUAACACUUUUUUUGCGAUUUCACUUGUUUUUGAGAAACUUACCCCAACCAGUGAUUCACUUCCUCAUUGUUGUUGUGCAGUACGGGGGCUCUGAAAAAACAGGGUCUCUGAACUAACAUGAACAAAUGUUCCAAAUACGUCCUUUUAGAAAUGGAAACACCGAGUUUAGUGAUGCAGGUCUUUAGAUGUUGUACAUGUGAAAUUGUGUAAUUUCGAACUUUAUCCACAACGUUAUAUUCCAUUUUGUGUGGAAAUGAAUUUCUGGUUGGGGAAAGUAUCUCAAAAUCAAGUGAAAUUGCAAUAAAAGUGUAUUGACUCUUCUGUGACAUGCCAUUUACAUCAAAAUAAUAUUAUAUUGUAAAAAAGCAAAUUUCUCCUUUAAGGAAACUUUAGAAACGAGUUGAUGGUGUUAGGGAUGGGCUGGGGGAUGUAUGUGGGGUUAAUUCAUUAUUGAGUGAAAACCACCCUGCCCAGGGAGACCCUAGAGUGGGGCAGAUGGGCUUAGGAAUGGGGUUAGGGAUAGGGAGAGCCAUGGAAUGUCUAUGGGGUAUGGGCACUAUGGGGAGACAGGCAACCUACACAAGGAGACCCUAGAGUGGAGUACAUUAGCAUGGGGGGUGGGGUAUGGACACUAUUGAGAGAGAACCAACCCAACCUAAGGAGAGCCUGGAGAGCUAUGGUAGAGUUUAGGGUUAGGGGUAGAGCUGAGGGAUGUCCAUGAAGUAUGGGAACUGUAGGGAGACAGCCAACCCACACAUGGAGGCCCUAGAGUUGGGUAAAUAGGGAUGGGGUUAGAGUUGGGGAUGGGACAUGGGCACUACUUCCUAAAACACUCCAGUACUUUUCCUGACACCAACAUCUACACUGUGUUAAACAGAGGUGGCCAUUAAAACCCCACAAGAGAAUGCAUUAAGGCUGCACUUGGCAGUAUUUGUCCGUUAAGAAAUACACACCUACUCUUUGGUGUUAGACACACUGUUACACCCAAGAGUAACAACUAUCGUUCACUUACCAACUGUAACCUCACAAUCGCAUACUCCAUGCACAACAAAACGAGGCCAAAGAAUACGCUGUUGUUUAGUGUGUGUUACUGAACAAGACUGGAGAAAGUAUUUAUUUAUUAUUUAUAUCUCUGUUGAGCAAUACUGACAGGGAGGAUUUGGGGUGCUAGACGAGAGCAUUUUCAUCAAACUGUUGGCGAGUGCAUUGAAUACAUAGAAAUGGAUAGAAGGUGCAUAUGCCAAAAAGCUGCCCAUGCUAUCACAUCAAACAUUAUUGCAAAGAAAAGCCCUCUAUCCAAUUCUAUGAUUGCAUAUAAUCCUAUUACAGUAAUAUGUCCAGAAAUGGAGAGAGACAGCUGCUUCUCUCCACUCUCAUAUAACACUAUACUAGCCUGAGUGCCAGUCUGUUUGUGCUAUCAUGUGCUAUCAUGUGCUAUCAUGCUAACUCCUUAACGGUUAUGGCUGGACAUGUUUGGCUUGACAAUGACGGCGAUGGAGUUUGCCAAGAGCGCAAACAGAUUUGGGGCCUGGAAAACCCUAUACUCCAUAACGGCAUCACAUCACUCCUUAACACUACACUACCACACCACGCCUUCGAUUGUGUAUAUUGGUGUAGGGUGAAGUUUCCCCUAGACACUGAUCCUGGGUCGGUUUUGCAUUUUUCCCCACUAAUGGUUAAGGUUAAAAUAGGGGGAGGAGAAGCUGAUCCUAGGAAAUUUCACCUCGUAGCCCUAAAAUUACCACACCAUGUCUUGUGUGUCUAUGCAUUCAUCAUUAUUGUGUGUAUUAAAUGUUGUGUAUAGAAG